AUGGCAGAGCUCUCAGAAUUGUUUCCCUCUGACAAACAAUUUGACGGUUUAAUGCACAUGUAUGUUCAUGUCAUAACAUUUGAUCCUCCAACGUUUGUUAUGAUAUGUGUUAUAAUCACAAUGUUUUUCUUUAUCUUCCAUCAAAUUUUCCAUGGUUUAUUCUAUUGGUUUGUGGAAUCAAGGCCUAUAAAUAUCACCGAGCGUGAUAUUGAGCAAGGAGAUAUUCGUCUAGCUCAUAAUGAUGAUCAUGACCAUGACCAUGAUGAUGAGAAUGGUCAUGGUCAUGAACGCGAUCGCGGAAGUGUUGCAAUGUUUCGUACUCUUGUUUUUAGCAAUUUGCAUGCUUGGACAAUGGUGGCUAGAAUUGCCGAAGAACGAGUCGAACAAGACCAAGAAGAUAAUGUUUAUGACGAGAAAAGAGGACAAAAACUUCGAGCUUCUAAGAAGCUGCCACCUUUGGUGAACUAUGAUGGAAUUGGAAAGCAUGAUCAUGAGUUAAGAAGAAGUUGCGACGAAUGUGCGAUUUGUUUGGAAGAUUUUCAAGUGGGACAAUUGUGUCAAGUUUUUCCUCUUUGCAGACACAUUUUUCAUUCAGAAUGCAUUGAUCAUUGGUUGCAGAGAAAAUCGACGUGUCCGAUAUGUCGUAAUUGUUUAUAG